AUGGCCGUUUGGAUGAAGCUCGUUGUUUUUGUUACGUUGCUGGUAACAACUUCUGGAGCCAAUCAAAAUGACUGCAUGGCCCCCCUGCUGGACGUCUCGUCCGUAUUUGGGCUAGGAAAUGUCAGUAGCCCCUCCCUCGCGGAAAUACCUGGAGAGACCAACCAAUCAUGUAUCGACAGAUGCUGUCAAUCAGGUGCGUACACAUCAAGUCAGAGGAUUAAACGCUCAAAUGUAUGUCGAAUAAAGACAUUGGUUACGUGUAUGAGAGGUUAGAAGAAGGUGCACAAACAUUCAACAUAUCUCUAUCAUCAUUGAAAACACAUUUCACGUGCAUACAUAUUUGAACACAAAUUUUGCACAUGCCCAGCAUUCGGUGUAAGCAGCUGACAAAGUUACGAAAAUAAUUAAUUUUUAACCUAAACUUGUAUGUUAUGUGAAUUCACGUGAGCUUUCUUUAACUUGUUGUGUAAUCUUUCAGAUUCAUGCAACAUUGUCAAAUUCAUACUCUCCACUUCUGACGCGAGCCCAAACUGUGUUCUAUAUUCAUGUCAACCAACAAACUCAUGUUAUUUAGCCUCAGCAGACGACAUCCAGUUUUUCAUACGUCAACAGCCACCAGAGCUAAUCACGCUUGAUCCCCCUGGCAGCACUGAUGACACAUUGUCUGCUCCCAGUGGAGAUGUUUCAACAUUGACUUCACCCAGAGCGACGCCACUGUCGCCCGAACCGCAAGAGCAAAUUGAAAAUACGACACUGAAUUCAAGUGUCCAAACAUCGCCACUAAUCACACUUUCCAGUGACCCACAAGAUGUAGUGGUAGACAACUCUGACACCCAGUCCUCAGAUACAUCGUCUCCCAUUAACCAAUCUUCAGACGCUCUGGCUUCUAGCGUGACGUCUUCGAAUUCCCCUGCUUCAAGCAUGCCAGCUUCGGAUAUACCAGGAACAGCGAAUUCUUUAAUGACUGUUGACGUACCAAGCUCACAACCCACUGAUUCACCAAGCUCACCAUCCACCGACUCACCAAGCCUACCAUCCAAUGAAUCACCAAGCCUACCAUCCAAUGAAUCACCAAGCCUACCAUCCAAUGAAUCACCAAGCCUACCAUCCAAUGAAUCACCAAGCCUACCAUCCAAUGAAUCACCAAGCCUACCAUCCAAUGAAUCACCAAGCCUACCAUCCAAUGAAUCACCAAGCCUACCAUCCAAUGAAUCACCAAGCCUACCAUCCAAUGAAUCACCAAGCCUACCAUCCACUGAAUCACCAAGCCUACCAUCCACCAAUUCAUCUAGCGUACAAUCCAUCGACUCGUUAAACGUAUCAUCUGCUGAUUCCCCAAGCUUACCACUGGCCGACUCACCAAGCCUACCACUGGCCGACUCACCAAGCCUGCCACUGGCCGACUCACCAAGCCUGCCACCCACCAACCCGACAAACGUACCAUCCACCGAUGCUACAAGCGUGCCAUCCAAUGACUCAUCAAACACACCAUCCACAGACGACUCCGCCAACAGCAUACUCUCUGCGCC